CGGUCGAUUGUCCCUCCCUCAUGAUUCUCUUUACGUCCUCUCUUAUUUAAAGUAGGGAAUCCCUGUUUGUUAACAUGUUGAUACAUAUUGAUAUCUGAAGUUAGAUGUAGAAGUUUAUAUUUCCUUUGAUCUUGCUUGUGUUGCUGCGCCUUCGCCGAUUAACGGAUGUUUUCAAACUGUAUCAGGAUUAAUGGCGUCCUCUGAAACGGACUGGAUCACAUCUGGUUCCAACAUUAUUUUGUGUGCAACAGCUUUGUACUCCUCCUAUAAACUCUUUAAGAACCAUAGGGGGCCCUCAGUUGGUUUCUUCCUGUUGGGGUUCUCUGCCGCACUUUGCCUCCUGUGGACCUCCACCUCAUCCCUUCAGAAAGAAGCAGAGUGGACGGCAGAGGUUCUGGCCCCAGCUCUGCUCUCCUUUGACCUCCUCUGGCUCAGUCAGGACCACAAUACUGCUCGUGUUCUCCUGUGUGGCUCCUGUUUGCUGCUUGGACUUUCAGACCAGCUCUCAGCAGACACACUAACCAUCCUGACUCGCUGCCUCGGUCUGUCUUCUCUGUCCUGCUGCCUGACUGUCUGCCUGUUUGCAGGGAACGCCUUAGGGGCCGCAGGUGGCGUGGCCCUCAGCCUGCCCUUACUUCUGGCACAGAGGGCAGACACAUAUACUUUUGCACCUCUGGUUUCUCCACCUGUUACUGAACUAGUGAAAUGUCUUUUAAAAGUGUUGUCGUCAAUAGGCUGUUGGCUUUCAGUUCCAGCUCUCGACAAGUUUCUGUUGGAUGUGACUGAACAAUAAAUGUGUAAAAUAGUAAAACAAAUGUUGUUUUAGCUAUGAUGGUGCGUUCAAUGCAGAAUUUAUAAGAACUUGUUUUUCUUUCUGUUGCUUUUUUUCUUCUAUUAUAAUCCAUAUAUUACCUUGCUUUUAGACCUUUACAUUUUUCAGAGGGAUGCCAAUUAGGGGGGUGUAUGGUAAUCUAUGGGAUGCCAUUAUUCAGUUAUCCCUCACUGUUAUACUAGAGAGCAGACUCAGUCCACUGGUUUAAAGUCUGAUAAAGAACUGAUCCUAAUAUUCUAUUCAAUUCAGUUUAUUUAUAUAGACCCAAUUCACAACACAUUACCUCGAGGCACUUUACAGACAGAUCAUCCAGUCAGAUUGGUUCAAAAUUUUCUAUCUAAUGAA